GCUACACAAUGCUAAAACAGCUGGGGGACGGCACCUACGGAAGUGUACUCCUGAGCAAGAGCAAUGAGACGGGCGAGCUGGUUGCCAUCAAGAGGUGAGAGGAACGCUGUGACAUUUGGAAGGGGGAAAAAAAAAAAAAAAACGAGAUCAAAGUGGAGUAAGGCAUAAUUCAUGAACUGGAAAUUUGACUUUGCAUUGUUUGUAUUGAACCAUUGAGAUCUCCCUAGUGCCUGUCCACCCAUCAAGUGUGAAACUUGAGUUGUUGUGAAACAACCAAGUAAUUCCUUUUUUAUCUACAUUUCCUUCGAACAUAAUAACCAACCUCAUUAUAUUUACAAAAUAACCCCCCCCGCACAAAGUUUCUCAGCCAAUUACUGAGCAGCUCGGCUGGCCAGAGUUCCUGAUCAAAAGAGCUACUUUCAAUUGGCAGAAGCGCUGUCAUUUAUUUCAAAGCCAAAGGGUAAGCAGAGCUGCAUUGUUAGCACAGGCGAGUGUUCGCAAAAAUAUCUAAAUAUAUAAUGGAAUAACAAUAACCCCUGAGAAUUGCUCUCUCAUUCUUCAGGAUGAAGAGGAAGUUUUAUUCUUGGGAAGAAUGCAUGAAUCUGAGGGAGUUGAAGGGUAUUUCCACCGUGACAUGAAACCAGAGAACUUGCUAUGCACUGGUCCAGAAUUGGUUAAGAUUGCAGAUUUUGGGCUUGCCAGAGAAAUCCGCUCCCAGCCACCAUACACUGAUUAUGUGUCUACCAGAUGGUACAGAGCUCCAGAAAUCCUGCUCAAGUUCACCUCGUACAGCUCACCUGUUGACAUCUGGGCAGUAGGGUGCAUCAUGGCAGAACUUUACACCCUCCGACCCUUGUUUCCUGGCAACAGUGAGGUGGAUGAGAUCUUCAAGAUCUGUCAAGUGCUGGGAACUUUGAAGAAGGCAGAUUGGCCUGAGGGCCAUAUUUUAGCCAGCUCAAUGAACUUCCGUUUUCCAAAAUGUGUCCCGACCUGCCUCAGCUCUCUGAUUCCCAAUGCCAGCGAUCAAGCCAUCACACUAAUGAAAGACAUGCUACAGUGGGAUCCUAAGAAAAGGCCAAAUGCUGCCCAGGCACUGCGGUAUCCAUACUUUUAUGUGGGUCAGUCACUUGGUGUCCCUCUGAAGUACUCAAAGCAGCACAAGCUCCUGUCAAAGGCUCUCAAAGGAGCUGUGGAAGAAAAAGCUCCAUGUAAGACAAACAAGUUGUCUCAGGAGCCCAAAAAAGCCCAAACAGAAUCACAGACCAGCAGCCAAGCUCUCCAUCAGCCCCUUCAUCCCCCCCAACCAUCCCAGCAGGCGGACACACAACAACAAGCGUGUCCCAGCUUGCUCUCAGAGGAACAGCAGGAACCUCUUAGCCUGGUAAAAAACAGGCAGCCCAUAACUCCUACACAAACAGUAACCACGGGAACGGGGAACAGUGUUACCAGAGUGAGAGCUGGUCGAAGACGAUGGGGUCAAACGUCUAUCAAAUCGGUCGACAGCUGGGAUACUGCUGAUGAUGCAGAUGUUGGAGUUUCCAUCUCCAAAAAACCCACCAUCAGUGCUUUGAGGGAUGAAGCCCUUGAUGUGUCGAGCAGUUGUUUUCCUGUGUCAAAGACUUCUACACCAGUAAAACCAACUGGCAACAAUGGACUGGACAGAGGGGACUCCACAAUCUUGUCUCCCAAACAGCACUACCUGCAGCAGUCCAGAUACCUACCAGGCAUAGAUCCAAAAAGAUCUUCAACAGGGAACCAGGGGGUCAAUAGAAGCCUGUGGGACAUCUUGGGCUUAGCUCAAGGACAGGAACAGGAGCGCCCCCUUAUUAAAGACUCCUUCAUGUCCAAGACAAAUAUUUCACCUGUUGAGAAGUCAGAAACUAAAGACACUAAACAGAUGACGCCACUAGCACAGAUCGGAGGCCCCUCUGCUGUUGAUCUGUCAUCCUCUGCUGAUCUCCGGAUUGACUCAAAAAUCAAAUUGUCCAAGUGUGCAAUCUUCUCGAAUAAAGAUAUUCAGAUAGACCAUGAUGACUUCAGAUCUCCUCAAAUCCCUUGUCCUUGUCCAAAUGGCAGCUUUUCAGGAAUGAACACCUUCUCUAGAAACAUAAACAUGCCACCAAUACAUGGGCGGGUAGACUGGACUGCCAAAUAUGGAGGCAAUCGAUAGAACAUCAGUGUACAGGACCAUGUGCUGAUUACUUCUCAUUUUCUAUCACUAAUUUGUCAAACAUUUAAAUAUUGGACAGAAAAUGCCCAGUAAAUGCUACAAUCAGUAUUGUUGACAUUGCAGAGACUCAUUUUGCCAUAGUCCUUCACAAUACCUCCAAAGUUCACGCAGAUAAGCAUUUCUGCAGGAGCAAUUUGUUCGUACUGAAGUGUGACCACCUGUGGUGGCGUAAACCAUAAACCCAACCCCCACCCAUUUCUCACACACGGGCCUCCUACCAGUAUCUUCAGACCUGUAAGGAUCCAUAGUAUAAUAUAAUAUACACGAUUCCACGUUCCUCACUAGGAAUGAAACUGCAGCAUAUAGUCUUCUGUGAUUACUGUGUUGGAUUAAAGUCAAAAUAAAAUAAAAACAUCAUGUUUUUUCACACCCGUCAUGGUUUCCACUCCCGUCAACUCCUGUCUCAUGGUUUCCACUCCCCUCAAUUCGCGGUGACUUUGUUUUUCGCAAUUCCCGCUACCUCCUGCUCCCGAUGACCUUCGCUCCCGCUCCUGCCCAAUCGUGAUUGAUUGUGAAGUUCACUCCUGACCCCCGGGAUUCCUGAAAAACGUCAGCCUCUACCGUGUUCAGCUCCACAGAGGAAGAAAUGAUGAAUUUCUUGCAUGCAUUUAAGAAAUAACCAUAACUCUUUCCAUACAGACAAAACACUGCACUGUACAGAAACACAAAAGAUGUACUGUACUAAAAUCAUAACCAUUAAACAGCAAAAAUGCCAUCAAAAGUGCUCAUUGUGCAACCUAAUUUUUCAAUUUCUGGAUUCAUGCAUGUAAAUAUAUGCA